AUGAGUCGUAAAUUUGAAAUACAUAUCUCUGUACAUGUGAAAAAUGAAUCGCAUCGUGGUGAUUACGACCUAUAUAAAAUAGGGUACGAGGUAUGCGACAAUGAUGAAUCUAUCAUUUUUACACCUACCAUAUUUCAAGAAGCGUUUGCGGCUUUCACCUACGAUUCAGAUCAUAUAUAUAAAGUGGAUCCGGAGACGUUACGUUACAGAUUGCGGCUGUUUCAAUUUGAAUCAGAAGUACCUCCAGAUGUGGUAACUAAAAUUGAAAAUAUCAUAAAAUAUAUCGAGCGACAUUGGGACAACGACUAUAUCGGUGUAACUAUUGUAUAUGCAGAAUGA